AUGCAGUCCCUAGCUGAGGAGAUCCAGAGUUUCUCUCGGACGCGGCUCAGGAGGCAGUGCACCCGGGUGACGUCACUGAGUGGCCGCCGCAUCAUCGAGACCUGGAAGGGCUCCACCGUCACCGUGGUGGAAGACCCCACCCCGCCGGAGAGGAUGCUGGGAUACGUCCCCGACACCUCCUGGGACCUGCAGAUCGGUACAGUCAAGCCCUACCUGCUGCUGGGCUCGCAGGACGCUGCCCACGACUUUGGAACUCUGAGAAAAUACAAAGUGUCUCACAUCCUGAACGUGGCCUCCUGCGUGGAAAACGUGUUUCCUGACCUGUUCAUCUAUAAAACCGUCAGCAUCGUGGAUCAUCCGGACGCUGACCUGCUGCCUCACAUCAAAGACUGCUCCGACUUCAUCCAGCAAGCUCACAGAGAGAAAGGCGUGGUAUUGGUCCACUGCAACACGGGCGCAUCGCGGGCGGCGGCCGUGGUCGUCGGCUAUCUGAUGUCGUGUUACAGCGAGCCCUUCGACGCUGCCCUAUCAUUGGUCAAGACGGCUCGGCCUGCCUCCUGCCCCAACCCUGGAUUCCUGGAGCAGCUCAGGAACUACAAAACACCGACGAUGAACGGAUCUAAACACUAG